AUGAUUGACAAUGCGCAAAUAAGCAAUCAAUUAUCUUUUUUGAUUAUUGUUCUAAUGUAUACCAGUGGAAUGUUCUAUAAUGUAGUAAUGCCGCUAAUACUCCCGAUAGUAUUCAAAACUAAUACUCAUUCAAAUACUUCUGAACGAUUACCGAUUUUUCCGGGCUACGAUGUUGCUUUCAAUGCCAAAAUAUCGCCUGUCUAUGAAAUAACCUACGUUUUUUUUAUUUGUGCGAUGUUGGAUCAAAACGAUUUUAUGAAUAUGAUACCUUAUGCUAUGUUAUUUAUUUCUCUGAAUUUUAACAUACUCAUAAUGUGUUAUUCUAGUGAACUUUUAGACAGUCAGUUUGUUGAAAUUGGAGAAGAAACAUAUAAGACCGAAUGGUAUAAAUUUUCAGUAAAAAUAAGAACAUACUUCAUUUUGAUAAUAAGCAUAUCUCAACGCUCUCAAAAAAUAACUGCUGGCGGUAUAGUCGAAUUAUCUUACGCUACUUAUCUGUCAAUAAUUAAAACGGGGUUUGCUUAUAUGCAAAUUUUACGAGCCGCAGAUAUGUGA